CUCCCAGGCUUGCACUCUCUCUCUUGUUUCUCUCUCUACAACCCAACCCCCAACCCACAACCCACCUCUUUCAUCCAUUGCUCAGUGGCCUUGUCGUUUACCCAUUAUCUUUCAGAAAUCAAAAGUAACCGAAGAAACAGAGAGGGGCGUCAGAGCCGUUUCAUAUUUUCUUUCACCUACUAUUUCUUUCUUCAAUUCAUCCCCCAUUGAUCUUUAUCUCCCUCAGUCCUCUCAGGAGCUGAACUACUCUGAGCAGUGGGUUUGAUGCCCUUCUCAAAGUUUUUAAAUUUGCCUAGUAAUUGGCUUGUAUGGAAACAUUGAGCAAAAAUUUGAAGGGUUGCAACCAUGGUUCUUAUGGCAUAUCAUUUAACUCAGUUGCUACUGGCCAUGGAUUUUAGUUGUUAAAGUGAAUGAAUUGGGAGCCAUCCAAGUGUUAUGGUCUUAUAGAAUUUGAUCGUUGCUUGCAGGUCCUUCCCAGGUGUAUUCUUAGCAGCACACUGUUUGUGUUGGAAUAAUAUUUUGUACUUUCAAACUUUUUGGGGGAAAUUCAUCUGGUCUGAUGCAAGGGCAAAGAAGUACCAUUGGUUCCUUCUCUGAGACCAUUGAUUUUGGGCAGGGCUCUGUUUCCAAUAACACUGGCAUGAAUCAGCAGACUUCAUGGAAUAACAUGCUAAAUCCCGUUGAUAACCGGUUGUCAAACUAUAUGUUACCUUCCAAUGAGGCAAAUUUUACAUGUGUAAAUGCUGUCAAUCAUGAUGUUCAAAACUUUAAUGGCUGGCAUUUGGGUGAAUCUAGCUCUAGUAUGAAUCCACGAAACCAGGCGAUUAAUGCUGGUGUAAGAAUGGAACACGGUAGGUCUUCAUCUGGUACUCUUGCAGGGACUGAUCCUAAUUUGGAAGACAGGCGACUUGAUCUGGCUAAUAGCCCUCUUCAUGAGAGUGCCACUAGUGGCAAUCAGAUUACAAGGGGGCCUUUAUUUAUUCGGGGUUCCAGUUCUACUCGUAUCCCUCUGAAUGUAAAUCUAAAUGCUGAAAUUGUGGGAAAUUCUGGUAGUGGUGGGCAGGAAAUGGGAGCAGGCCUGUGCAAGUUAGGUGGAUUAGGAACAGAGCAGGUUUCACCUGUUAGUGCUUCUGCUGAUAAUAUAGGGGCCUCUUCUGGAAGUUCUGGUUCUUUGAUUGAGGAAAGCAAUGGUGGAUCAAGUUCUUCUUUGGGCAGUUGGGGCUUAUCCUGCAAGAGAAAGGCUCUUGAAGGUACUUCUGGACAGUCUUAUCCUGGUGGAAGUUCAAGCUGUUCUCCACAAGCUGAACCCAGUGCUUGGCUUGCUGUUCCUGCUCAUUCUAAUGCUUCUAACAGCUCAAGCAUAUCCACACCCUCAGGGAAUUCUCUCAGUGUGAAUCCUCCAGGGCUGCCAAACCAACAGUCUGGGAUUGGCAUGAGAGGAGUAGCUCCUUCUGAUGUUUUUCCUUCUUUAAGUGUUACAGGAAAUGCAGAAAACUCCCAGAGAAACUUUGGCAGGAGAGUAAAUCCGGGACAUCAACAGGAACCUGUGGCAUUUAAUUUAUCAUCAGCAGGAAUUACUAGGCGUUCUAAUGUUAGUUCCAAUCAUCAAUCAUCUAGGCCUCUGACAUUUAGUGAUUCUUUGGACUUGAGGCCAAAUGCAGCGGUAGCAGCCAAUGCAAAUGCACCCCAGAUUGCUCCCCAGAGCCAGUCUCAUGUACUACAUAUUCCUGGCUUGGCAAGAAAUAUGCAUCCUUUUCCUUGGAGUGGGGCUUCCAAUUCAAGAGCUGGCAGUUCAUCACGUUCAUUUAACUUUUCUAGGGAGAGAGCUGCUGUGUUACAAGAGGAAGCAAACCUAAGAAGCAACCACAGAAACAAUGCAGAGCAUCCCAUGUUUAUUCCUGCAACUGAGACUAGAAAUUUGGCACAGGAUCCAACACAUUGGAGUUUGGCCACAGGAAAUAUUAGCACUAAUGGAGGUGGUCCUUCAACUUCUCGAAUGGGCCUGAGUUCAAGUGUUCAUUCGUUGCCUACUGCUUGGAUUCCUGUUCACAAUCCCCCAACAUCAAAUCAGCAAAGAUUAUCAGAAAUUGCUCCUUGGACUUUAUUCCCAUCUAUUGAGUCUGAAGCUGGAGGUCUCAGUGGUCCUUUUUCAUCAUUGCCUUCUGGUCCUUCUGCUAACACACGGGAGACAGUUAUAUCAGCUGGAGCUAUUAGCCAAGUCCAUCAGCAAACAUAUCCAAGGUCUGGAUUCUUGAUGGAGAGGCAAGGAAAUGAUGUUCUUGGUAUGCCCCAUUCAUUGCGUGCUUUAGCAGCUGACAUAGAAGGGAGACACAGGCUAAUAUCUGAGAUUCGUCAGGUUUUGACUGCCAUGCGUAGGGGUGAGAGCUUGCGGGCUGAGGAUUAUAUGCUCUUUGACCCGUUCAUAUAUCAUGGGAUGUCCGAAUUGCAGGAUAGGCACAGAGAUAUGCGGCUUGAUGUCGAUAAUAUGUCAUAUGAGGAACUACUGGAUUUAGAAGAACGCAUAGGAGACGUGAACACUGGAUUGAGUGAUGAAAAAAUACUGAAGUGUAUGAAAAGGCAAAAAUAUUCAUCCAAUCCAACACCUGAGGUGGAGCCAUGUUGUAUUUGCCAGGAAGAAUAUGCUGUUGGAGAUGACCUUGGGAUACUGGAUUGUGGACAUGACUUCCAUACCAACUGCAUCAAACAAUGGUUAAUGCAGAAGAAUCUGUGCCCCAUUUGUAAAACAACGGGCUUGGCUACAUGAGAAGGGAUCACCAUCAUAUGCAGAAUCUCAAAACUUUACUUUCUUGCUUAUGGAUCAUUAAAUCCGACAUUUGGUGGAUUAUAUCUUCUUUAAUCUCUCUUCUGUCUGAAACCGGUUUUUGCUUGCUCAUUACCUGCAUAAUCUCAUGGAGAGACGGGAAUGAGCUGUUAUCUGGGUCAUGGAAAUGUUGCAGCAUGAAUGGUGCAAUGGCAUAUUUAUACCUUGGGAAAUUGGAGAAAACUUCAAAGCUUUAUGACGUUACAGACGUCUAUUGAAAUAAUAUUUAACAUUAUCCAACU